AUGGCGCUCCGAGUCCCGACGGCGAUUCUCUUUUCCUUUGCCAUUCUGCCCCUUGCAUUCUACCUUGGGCGAGACCGACAGUCUACCUCUUGCCGUUGCUUUCCGGGCGAACCCUGCUGGCCCUCCCCUGAGCAAUGGGACAACCUCAACGCCUCCCUGUCGGGCAACCUCAUUGCCACAGCCCCCAUUGGCAGCGUCUGUCACACCAACACCUCCUUUGCGCCAUACAGCAGCCAGAGAUGCGCCGAGCUCCUAUCCCACUGGUCCAUCCCCGCAACACACUACCAGGACCCCUCCUCACCCAUGGCAGCCUGGUGGGCCAAUUUCUCAUGCUCGCCUUUCUCCGCAGGCUGCACCCUCGGUCCACUCGCCCACUACGUCGCGAAUGUGACAUGCGCCCAGGACAUACAGGAGGUCCUUCGCUUUACGACUAAACACAACAUCCGCCUAUCAAUCCGCAACACGGGCCACGACUAUCUCGGCAAAUCUACCGCUCCAGGAUCCAUCGCUCUCUGGACGCACAAUCUCAAAUCCAUCGAGUACAAGCCCAACUACACAGCCUCCUGGUACGCCGGCCCCGCACUGCGCGUCGGUGCCGGCGUACAAGGCCGCGAGGCUCAAGACGCCGCGCACAGAUCCGGCAACGGCCAUGUCAUUGUGUCUGCGCACUCUCCGGAUGUCGGAUUCGCAGGCGGAUACACGCAGGGCGGCGGACAUGGCCCGCUAGCAUCGCGAUACGGACUAGCAGCGGACCAAGUGCUCGAGUGGGAGGUUGUCACGGCCAAGGGCGAGAUUCUGACUGCAUCUCCGGCGCAGAAUGCAGAUCUCUACUGGGCGCUUGCAGGUGGCGGCGGGGGCGCCUUUGCCGUCGUCCUCGGGGUGACGGUGCGGAUGCAUGCGGAGGAGCGAACCGCGUCGGCGUCCUUGGUGUUCCCGUUCGAUGCUGCAGAUGCCCGGGCUUGGGAGGUCAUCAGGACAUUCUUGCUUGCCGCGCUGCCGCUGGCUGACGCUGGCGGCACGGCGUUGUGGGUUCUCUACCCCGGUCCUACUGCUGUGACCUUUAUUGGCGGGCCUUUCGUUCUCCCCGGGGCUGGGGCUGAAGACCUACAGUCGUACCUGGCUCCGACGCUCGAAUUACUCCGGGAGUAUGAGAUGGGAUAUGACUUCUCCAUCAACACCUAUCCGACAUACCACGCAUCAGUGGCCACCGCCGCCGUAAACGUCACAGAGUUCCAUGUCGGCGGCGCCCUUGUCCCUCGCUCGACGAUCCACUCAAACCCCAACGGCUUCAUCUCCACGCUGCAGGAGAUCCUUCGCCACAAGGCUGCCAUCUCCAGCUACUCCAUGAAUGUCUCGCGGCCAAUCAACAGCCCUGUAUCCGCUAAUGCAGUGAGCCCAGCCUGGCGGAACGCUGCAGUCUCCUUGCUCCUUGGAAUCCCGUUCAACUACACCAAUCGUCAGGUGAACGUCGAGAAUCAAAGGUUGAUGACCGACGUGCUGCUUCCGCAAGUCUCCGCACUUGUUGGCCCUGGCGAACAAGGCGCGUAUCUGAACGAGGCGGACUUCAACCAGCCAAACUGGCAGUCCCUGUUCUAUGGCGAGAACUACAACAGGCUGCUGAAGAUUAAGCAGAAAUAUGACCCCAAGCAGAUCUUCUAUGGCCGCACGGCGGUGGGGAGUGAGCGAUGGGUGGAGCAUGGGAAUGGACGGUUGUGUCCUGUUUGA